AUCACCAUCUACGAGCUGGAGAAUUUCCAGGGGAAGAAAUGCGAGCUGACAGAGGAGCUCCCCAACAUCACCGAGAAAGAGCUGGAGAAGGUGGGCUCCAUCCAGGUGGAGUCUGGCCCGUGGCUGGGCUUCGAGCGGCAAGCCUUCGCCGGGGAGCAGUUUGUGCUGGAGAAGGGAGACCUACCAGGCUGGGAGGGUCUCGGGGGGCUGUGGGCGCAGAGGGCAGGGCAGCCCCUGACCCGUGCUUCCCCUCAGGACAGCCCCGACCACAAGAUCCACCUCUUUGAGAACGUGGGCUACACCGGGCGGAAGAUGGAGAUCGUGGACGACGACGUCCCCAGCCUCUGGGCCCACG